CUCUUUGGCUCAACUAUAUAUAUAAGAGUGGAGCGAACAAGUUAUAUCAGCAUACAUAUCCAAAAUAAUUAAUAAUCUUGAAUUUCCUUUUUCAAAGUUUAUAUUAUACAUAUAUAUAUAUAUAUAUAUAUAACUAUGGCAUUUCUGCGCAAUAAGCUGGUUGCCCACGUGGCAUUCAAGGCCGGUGGAGAUGUGUAUCAUCGGCUAUUCACUAAUAAUCCACCCCAUUUGACCAAAGUUACCCCUUCUAAAUUCCAGAGUUGCGAGCUGCAUGAAGGCACCUUUGGAACCAAUGGCUCUAUUCUCCAAUGGACGUACACUGUUGAUGGGGAAGUGCAGACAUGCAAGCAGAUAAUCCAAAACGUAGAUGAAGAAAAGAAACAAUUCUCGUACAAGUUCAUUGAAGGAGAUCUGCUGGAGUUGUACAAGGAUUUUGUGGUGACGUGUCACGUUGAGACCAGAGACGGGGUUGACUACAUCACAUGGACCAUAGACUACGAGCUUCUUAAGGCCGACAAUCCACACCCAAUUAACAUUCUCAAGUUUGUCAUUGGAUUCACUAAAGAUAUUGAGACUCAUAUGUUCGGAUGAUCGAUGGGAUUGAGAUUUAUAUGUGUGCUCGGAUUUUCACCAAUUGCUUCAUAUGUUUAUUUCUCUACAUUUGUUGUUCUAAUAAAAAUUAGCAUCCUAGGUUUGAUGAUGCUAUAAAUAAGAUAUGUGUACUUCCAAAUAAGUGAGGCUUUGGUGAAUUAUAUAUUUCUACUUGUUUUUUCAUGUGUGG